UUCCAAUCUGGCCGCAUAUCUUCAGGACAUAGUGAAAAUAACUCAUCCAUCUCAUGCGAUGAUGUUUCCAAUUCAAUGUCUGUUUCUCGCUGCCAGCAUUGUCCACAGCAAUCACGCCUUGUUCACCAAGAUGAUCUGCUGAGCCCUCUACAAAGAUCUUGGGCUGUUGAUGGCUGCUUCCUGGAAGACUGCCACCUUUUCGACUACGAGGGGAAUGGUUUGCGGAUUCAUCGACUUCAUUGCAAGACCCAUGUUCACAAUUCUAACAAAUUGGUUACCAUCAACGAAAGAAACCCUUCUCCCAGUCCUGGAGGACAACUACAAGCGAUGGUCAUCUUUCCAGAACACCACCAAAACCAGCUGCCAGGUCACACUUUCAUUUCUUGGACAAUACUAUCCCUGGAGCUCUGAUACUCCUGAACCAAUGAUAGAGGUCCUCGGUUAUGCACUUAUUGAUCCACAUCCAGAGAGAACGCACCAGGCGACGAGCACUGCAGACACGUCCACAUCUGAGCGUUCUGGACCAGCUCCUUCUGAGUACUAUCAUGAGAGACCAGUUUCUCAGCCGUUGUCACGUAUACCAGCAUACAUUGACGUGAUUGAUCUAAUGGAGCCAAGCACUCACCAGAGGGCAACGCUGAAAGAAACCCCAGGAGCUGGGCAAGACAGCCGGAAAAACAAGUUCUAUGAAGUUAUGCAAGAAACUGGAGUGGGGGGCAAAAGAGAAAUGGCCUCAUCAGCCGUCAGCAGCUCGGCAGUUUCCCACACAGAGAAAUUCCUAUCUGACUUGGAAAAUAAACCUGCCUCAUUAUCCCAAAGCCCUUUGAGCCUGCCUUCGUCCACACCAGGCUUUCCUUACCCACGGGUAAGAGGGCAAGUGCGCUGCAGACUGCAGGAGCUGGAGGGAAUUCCUGACUUGGCUUUGAACGCCAAUAACGUGCCUUUAGCUCGACAGCAAGACCAAACAAGUAGAUUGUGCUCUGAAAUUGUCGAUGGGUUUCGUCAGUGGGCAAACGCGAAAGGGCAGGUGAUAUCCUGCACGGCAUCUGAAGUGGUUAGAUGCAUGCAGCCGAUUGUGCUGGAAGAACGUGGUUACCUGGACAAGGGUGCUGUACUGGACCUCAAAGCAAGGCUUGAUGGCCUGGUCCUGACACCUUUGGACAGGAACCCGGGAGUAACUCUUGUGAUAUGUCCUGCCCUGUACUACCAGGGUAUGUUCGAUUUGUUCAUCCGGAACGAUGGCUACGUUCCCAUUGUGGGAUCCGAAUCGGAUGGUAUGGCUGCAACGAGGGAGUGUUUGAGGAAGGAAGGCCUGCUUGCCUUUGGUAAGUGGGAUGGGAAAGGGCACGUAGGGAAGGCCUAUGCUCUACCGAAGCAUAAGGACCUCGAUCGGUACAGACUGAUAUGCCCGACGUUCUCUGAGCCAACCGCGAGAACGGGUAAGGCGGUAGCGAAGGGACUGAACCACCUACUUUUCACACUGCCACAGGACUUGCAUUUUAAUUUGAAAGCAUUGUCAUCACUAACCAGCCGCCUUGAGGCUGUCAACAGGAAGUGUGCACGGCAAGGUAGCGGGGUAGUAUUGACUGCACGGUCCUACGACAUCAAGGACAUGUUUAGCCAGUUACCGCAUGACGAGAUCUUACAGGCAGUUGACUGGGUUAUCAAGUGGCACAAGGAGAAGGGGAGGCAGUUCGUGCGUGUGAACACACGCGGACGGGGGUCAACGUUUGGACUGACGACUGGACAGGACCACUGGCGACUACUUGAGUUUGACGACGUCUUCAAUUUCAUCCGGAUUGAUCUGAAACACACAUAUACCUCUGCGUUGAAUGUCCUGCUGCAGCAGCGAAUCGGUAUUCCGAUGGGCAAGAGUACAAGCCCACCUCUUGCUUGUAUACUCUGUGCCCAUGCUGAACACAAAUUCCUCUGUAGCUUAGGGACAAACAGGCAGAGGGUGUUCGGUGUCCGUCUAGUCGAUGAUGUGAGCUUGAUCAUCGCCAGUAAGACACCAACUGAGCAGGAAGUUGAUGGAAUCUGGCAACGUUUUGAAGAGUGUUAUCCCUCUAACCUCUCCCUCAAACGUACGGAUGACGGGACAGGCAAGUGGGACUUUCUCGGUUGUGAAGUGAAGAUUGAUCCCACGAUGAAGCAAGUUUUGAGUGUGCAACUGACGAAGAAUGAGAAGACACUAUGGACUUCUGAGAUUCUUGAAUUCAAGAAUGGGCAAUCCUAUCGCUCGUGGGGCAGCAAGUCACAGAAAAGUGCAGUUAUUGCCGGACACCUGCACAGAAUCGACUGAAACACCUCUGCACGAUGGGAGAUCCCUCGGAGAGUGAACUGCCUGCGUCGGGAACUC